GAAUGACCUUUAUUGGAGUAUUUUGACCAGCAGUCGCUGUGGCGGCGACUCCAGCCGCUUUCUUAUUUAUGUGCCCCUGUCACAACAGUGGACAGGGCUGUUAUUAGUCGCUCUAAUCGUGAGGAAACCGACAGCUCGUCAAAAAUGGGAGGGAAUGGGAGCACGACGAGGAAAGUGUCAUUCGGACUGGACGAAGACGAGAAGGUCACCGUAAUUGAAGGAGUGAAGCUCUCAGAGGAUGUGCUCCGACGAAUGAGGGAUUCUCAGAAGUCUGACAGCACCAAGACCCCGUCGGACAGUCGUAAAUCACCACCAAGUCCAAAACCAACCAGACCCUCCAGUACAGAAAUACAGGAAGAAAUGCGCAAAAACUUUGAGCGUCAACAGGCUCUGGUGCAGGAGGAGUUGUCCAGACUGGCCCAGAGGGAGAGAGAUGCUGCAUCAGCCACAGGCCUGGAUGAGCUGGCCCCUGCCCUCAUCGCGGAGAGGGGAAAGGCCCAUGAAGAGCAAGAGAGGGCCAAGAUACUGGCAAAACAACUGGAGAGAAAAGAAAAGGAGCUGGCGAGCAUAUCCAGUUUCUAUAAAGAGCAAUUAGAAACACUGGAGAAAAAGAACUUUGACAACUACAAGGAAACGGCUGAACAGUACAACAAGGCAGCUACUCAAGCUGAGGCUCACAUCCGGCCCCGGCAGACGGCAUCUUUGUGCACUGAGCUGCAGGCCAAGGUGCUCCAAUGCUACAGAGAAAAUCCACAGCAGACUCUGCAGUGCUCCAGUCUAGCCAGACAGUACAUGACCUGUGUCCAGCAAGCAAAGAAGGGCGCUCUGACGAAUCACGGCUGAGAAACCCAAAGAAAGCAGGAGCGAGUGGAGAAGAGGAGAAGAAGUUGAAGAAACAGAGAGCAUGUCAAAUCCGUCCAUUUUUCUCCCCCUCUCUGUCCUUCUCUUAUCCAUCCAUCCAUUUAUUUAGCCACUGAAUAACCCCCCCCCUCCUCUUUUCCAUUCGCCAUCCUUCUUGGUUUUUGAGUGUAUUAUCUUGACUUGUCACUCCAGAGUGUACAAUGUGUUGAUUUAUUGUCAAGUUGUGCCAGCACACCCCUGCCGUCGCUGAAAUAAAUCCCAGUGAUCCAGUGGUGAUGAGACUGCAGGUUGUGUGUCUUUGUGGGUCUUGCGUAUGUGUGUGUGUGUGUGUGCAGGGUGGUGGCGGAUGGCUGUCUCUUGUCACGGCACGCUAAUAAUGCUUCCACUACUGAAAAUGGGGUCGUGUGCACCCUUCUGACAAUGCUGUGCAGGCCCAGGGGCUUGAUUGUGUGCCGUGCUCAUGGUUUCAUUAAGAGAGAGAAGGGAAGGGAGAGUGAAGGAAAUGAGGGAUAAAUGAAGUGGAGGACAGAUGAAUAGUGAAGUGUGCAUUAUUAAUAUGUGUGUGUAUGUGUGUCCUUCUUUUUUUUUUUCUUCCUGGUAUACCUAACCCGUGCGCGUCAUCACAUAUAGGUGCUUGUGUGAAUGUGCGAGCAACACACCGGACAGGGCACAUAUUGUCCCUGCUAGCUGUGUUUCCAUGGUGACAGCAGGGGUUUGUGCUAGCAGCAAGGUGUGGAGGAACCUUCCAGAUAACCCUGAAGGUCAGCACACUGAGCUACAGCUCACAGCACUACUCUGUACCUUUGCGCUUGUGUGUGUGCGCGACUGAAAGUGAGGGACUCAGUCAAGAUGCAUUUCCACUUAUAUAUGGACAUGGUUGGCCACCCUCGAAAUGACAGAGGCUUGUUAUCGCACGCACACAAACACACACACACAGACUCGCACAGCGGACACACACAGAAUAUUAAUAGACUUAUAACACACCCUUGUUUCCCGGAUAUAAGUGCACAUUCGUACAAGUGGCAGUCGGUGCGUUGGGGGGGGCGUUUGUUAAUGAUAGCUGCAAGAGGUGAUCUAUUGAUCAGUUUGACUCCCACUUGCCACCGCAGCAUCGAUCGUGACAUAACACGCACAAUGCAGCUGACCAAUCCAUACGAUACGCGCUCCGUUAUAGAAAUCUAGUAAAGGGAAACGGUGCGAUCAAUGAAAUGAUAAAGAAAUGGAUUGUGGAUUGUGUGACGUCUGUCGGUCCCGUUUUGUCCGUCAGUCGGUAAAAGCCUCCAACUCCGGCUGCACUUCGUCACCAGGGAUUAGGCGGCUCUAACCCAACGGACAUGAAGCGCAUAUUACCUAUAUUAAAGUCAGCACCAUAUUAGAGGUUUCAGCCAGUGACUCUCAUAUCCCUUCUCUCUCCCUGACAUUUCUUUACAAAUACCAGCCUCUAUUCACUCUGUUAUUGCCUUCUCCCAUUCAACAAUUCUCUGAUUAAACAAGCUCCUGAAAAGCCUGGGCACUGCUAUCUGCCAUUUGGCUUUUAUUAGAAAACCCACCCUCUUUAAUUAAAUUGGUUGAAUUACAGAAAUAUCAGGGAUAUUUCGGCAAUAUAUUGGAUAAGAGAGCACAAUGGGUGAAAAAAAAAAUGGAAGAAUGGGUUUUAUGAGAUGUUUUGAAUGUGGUUUGGCGGUGAAAUGAGAUAAACACAAUCUUGAUAGCCGGGUGAUGUUUGUUUUUUCAAGGAACUGAGGUUUGUUCGAUCUGAAUGAGUCUCAUUAUCGAAUAUACGUCACUGCUAGACUCGUUAAUUUCUUCUUCUUCUUUUUUUUUUUUUGCCGAUUUGCCUUAGAGACUCGAUUUAUUUUUCACUCCCUCGUUCUCUUCCAGCUCUAUUUCUACCCCACACCUUCAGCGCCAUGCCUUUCUUUUCCCGCCCUAUAACUGUGGAAGGAUGUGGGAUUGAGGUUGCCGUGGAAACCAGCCCAGCUUUGAUUGGGGUAGACAGCUGCAUGGUGCAAGGUUAGAAGAUGGCUGCUCACGCCUCACAAUGCGCCACUAUUGAUUUCCAGUCGUUGCCAAUUACUGGACCCAGUUGUGUCCGAUGAGUUGCAGAAAAUAUGAAAAAGCAAGAGGAUUGUGUCCAUGUGUACGUUGUUUGGGGGGCGGGUGUUACUGUAAUGCUCACUUUGAAGUCAACACAGAGUAAUUGUCUCGCUUUUUCCACCUACGUGAGUGCAUGUGUUUGUCUGUAAGGCAAUUCUUUGAGCCGUUGCCAUAGUUUUAACCUCAGACAUCCUGUAGCUUGAGCUGGAGACAAGUUUGACAGUCAUCCACGGAGCCUAAUGUUAUAUGUUUUAGCAGCUCCGCACUCUCUCCUUUGUUCCGUUCUUGAAACGCUGUUUGUCGGCUGUUCUUUCUCAUCCAGCUGAAGGGGGUGUCAGCAAAUGAGAGACGGUGUCAGACUUUGACAAACUGCUGCCCUUUGUAAAGACUUAAUGGGGAUCAAUUCAAGUAAAGUUAGACGCUUAGAAUUCACAUGCAGUCAAGAUAUAAAAAAAAUAAAAUAAAAAAAUAACCGCUCUCACUUGCACACACAUCCCCACGCAUAUACCUACUUCUUUCUGGAGUUCACCCAGCGCUGGAGUUAUUUGCCACCCUCCCUGUUUCCCUCCUCUCUUUUCUUCUCUCUUCCCUCAGCCAACUUGGCAUUGUAUAUGUGAGAAGUCGACAGUGAGCCUAAUUGGAGCGUGUGGCUCCAUCAAUGACAGUCACCAUUCUGUUUCUGCACGCAGCACACACUCACAUGGAGUCCUUUAGCUAAUUGAAUAGUCUUUUAUUAAACUGUGUUAAUGUGAACUGAAACUGGCUGCUGGUGAAUUAAAUUAGACCCCCCACCCCCCACAACAACCAUAUGCAUAAACACAUGCAGCUCAGUGUAGCGGUAGGAAUGAAUGCGACCUCAGCGUGGAGGGAGGACGAGGAGAAGAAAAUGGGGAGAGAAGGAGGUGAGGGUGUUGCUGUAUUCAUUGUAAUGUUUGUGAUUUAAAAGAAUGUGAUGGAUGCGUAAAAGUCAUAAACUGUUUAUUAAAGAUGGAUGUAGCCAC